CGUGGUCGGCCCGCGGCCGUCCAGUCACGCCAGUCGUGUAGCGCGUAGCGCGGGCGAUUGUGGGCAAUACCGAUAACUCGUGUAGUGCGCAAAUGGCGUCGCCGUGCCGUCAUGAGCGAGCGUGUGCCGUGCAAUAGCGCGUACGGGCCGCGUCCGGGCGCGGCGCCUCGCGGCCCAGCCUGACGAGCCCGCGAGUCGCGAAGACGCGAGCGCGAGACCAAGCGUCGGGAUCGCGGUGCUCGACCAAGUGUUUUUUUUUCUCGCCCCCCUUCGUCGCCCGACGGGAUCGCGGGGCAGAAGUAAUUUUCGGAGCUUGCUCCCUACGGGCCGCGCGUCGGCGGCCACAUCGACGGCGGAGAGAGAGAGAGAGAAAGAGACGGGGAACGGUGACGAAGAGUUGUGAGAUAGGUCCAGAAGGUGAUCGGAAUGAUGCAGGCGGAAUUGAUAUACCGAAAACCAUCGGCGAUGACGAGCCAGGGCGGCUUUCAUCGCGCCGGCAACGAUAAUGAGCGGGAGAAAAACGGCGGACGAGAUUCGCGGGAGACGAUACACUCGGGCCACUUCAUGGUGUCGGACUUCGAGGCCGAGGCGCAGGAUGACGAGGACGAUCUCGCCGUGCCGGUGCCGGACCAGGAAGAGCAGACCGCCAGAUUCUCGAUCACCGUCCCGCCAGGUUUCUUCCACGACAGAUUCGCGAGUUCUUUUAACGACAAGAGCACCUCCCAGCAGCUGAGCAUCGAGACGUCCUUGAACAAACUCUUCCAGUGCAUGUCCCUCGCCUACAGACAGAAGCUGACAUCGCCUAAGUGGAAUCGCUUCAAAGGCAUCAGACUGAGAUGGAAGGACAAAAUCAGACUGAACAACGUGAUUUGGAGAUGCUGGCACAUGCAGUUUAUAUUGAAGCAAAACACUCUGGUGUGCCAGUUUGCAUCGCCACUUGACGUGGAUACUCAUAACAAACCCGAGGCGGUGGUCUUAGAGGGAAAAUACUGGAAACGAAAGCUCGCGGCCGUCACAGCGGAAUACAAGAAAUGGCGUAUGUUCUACCGAAACAAAAUUCUUGGCUGGACGAACAAGGACACAGAAAUGAUGGAAUCAAUGGACAUGCUCGAUUGGGGCAGUGGAUGUGGGAUUACCGGUAACUUCGGUAUGGGUAUGGGGAAUGCAUUCGGAGCUUCGAGCGGUGCUCCAGGUGGGGAGAGUAUGAUGGUUGACGAAGACUACAUGGAACUGAUGACCGAUACGCUCUUUUCAACCAUCACCUCGAAUCAACCAAUAUAUUUUCCUGAUCCUAGAGAAAUCGCGCGAGGUGCCAGCUUAGCUGACUUUAUUCAACCCAGUCUAGGCCCCUUGCAACCAAACCUGGAUGAUUUCAUGGACACCCUUGAGCCAUUGCAAGAAUUCCUAAACUCGAAAUUGCCUCCCGUACCCGAAGAAGACGAUAUGUUCCGGAAUAGCAACCUAAACACUAAUUAUUCUGAUUUGGACCUGAUGACACCGAUUAAUCAGAUAAACGAAAUAGGCGAGGAUCCGACGAUAAAGAACGAACAGACCUCGCAACAGCAACAGCAACAACUGUCUCGGGAAGAGCAAGAGGUUAGCAUGCAGAAUCUCCAGUACACCGCCAAAAUAUAUACUCAGCCUCAACCUGAAGCAGCGAAUGUGUAUAGAAAUAACAUAGCUAUGAGUGAAGAUUACGCUCUUCAGCCAAACUUCGAGGCGUCUGUUACGACGAACCAACCCAUACGAGAAAAGACUAGGAGUAGCAGACCGACGUUGUCGAGGAAUAGUCGCGUGAUACAGCAAUCCCAACAACAACAACAACAGCAGCAGCAGCAGCAGCAGCAUCAUCAUCAACAGCAGCAGCAGAAUAUGUAUCAAGCAGCCACGCAGCAACAGAAUUCGGGCUUUCAAUCGCAGCAGCCGCAGUCUUACGCAAUGGAGAUUCAGGCGCUGCGGUUAACACCGGUGCAAAAUCAGCCGCAAUCCGUACAGAUUGCGACACUGAACGAUCAGUCGGCAGUUAACGCAAGUCAAAUACCCGCGAUCACUGCCGCUACCGUGCAAAAUCUGGUGGCGGUACAGCAUAAUUUUGCGACACAAGCCGUUAAUUCGCAACUACAAACCCAGCAUCAAGCAAUAAGACCCUUGCCAACCACCUCACCGAUGUCCAGCAAACCUUACAAGAUCGUUCAGCCACAGCAGCAGUGCUAUAAGUUUUCAAACCUCGUACAAAACCUCAAUGCUCAACAGUGUAAAUUUAGCACCAAUAGUUUCAAGACGCAUCACACGCAACAAGUGGUAUCGGUUUCUUCGACGGAGCAACCAUCACAAUCACAGAUAUUGUUGCAGUGUAGGCCAUCAUCCAGUUUGGACCUUCCCGCGUCCACUUUGCACACCAAGCUGUUACCUCAACCGACAACAUCCAACGCGGAAAAAGAAGAGAUUUUUGCCAUACCAAAGUAUCAUCAAAUGAAAGGGAGAAAUAGAUCCCGAAGCAGUUCUUCUUUAACGGCGCCUAGGAUACAUCCACCACCUCUGGUAUCUGCAGUGAGCGAUCCAGCCCUGAAUUUGAAUAGCCACGCUUUGCUUGCACAUUUACUUACAAAUAAAAUAACGCAAGUAACAACAACACAACACAUCACGACCCCAGUGAAUGUACAAACAAUGCAGACUUCUAGUAUACAGCAGCCGCAACCACAGCAACAGACAAUGCAACCAUCCACAGCUCAACAGAUUCUCUUAAAUGCGAACAAUCAAACGCAUCAGUCCCACAAUAGUCCAAUAGGUUCACCAAAGGAUAGCAGCUCUAACGCACACAGUCCCCAGGCUUUAAGCCUUAGCCCUCUACACAGCCCCAUGAGCAUAGGUAGUCCUUUAUCACCUACUCGUGGAUAUAUGAAGGAUUCGGAAAGGGGACAGUAUAAAGAACAGAGGCGAGUCGGCCACAUUCAUGCGGAACAGAAGCGUAGAUAUAACAUCAAGAAUGGUUUCGACAUGCUGCACAGUCUGAUACCGCACCUCAGUCAGAAUUCCAAUGCGAAACUGAGCAAAGCCGCGAUGUUACAGAAAGGGGCGGAUUAUAUUCGGCAACUUAAAGCGGAGAGACAUCAAUUAAAGGAGGAGAUGGCUAGCCUGAAACAACAAAUCGAGUGCCUUAAUACGUCUAUUAGUACUUGUCAAUCUCUGCUUCCUGCAACGGGUGCUCCAGUUUCUAGACAUAGAACCAGCAAAAUGAAAGAGAUGUUUGACGAAUAUGUACGUGCGCGUACGCAACAAAACUGGAAAUUCUGGAUUUUCAGUAUAUUGUUAGAACCGCUGUUGCUGUCCUUUAAUGCUUCAGUCUCAACUGCGAGUCUCGAUGAUUUAUAUAAAAGUACAUUAUUGUGGGUAGAGCAACAUUGUUCACUUGUUGAUCUCAGACCAGCUGUUCUGAAUUCUCUAAGGUCUCUAUGUACUGCCACUGAUAUUUUAACCAAUCCAACUCGCCUUCCCGAAGAAGCACUCGCGGCGGUUAGUCGAACGGAACGCCGACGAUCCAUGCAGUGAUCAAGUGCAUGAAUUCAACAGCGUGUUUGUAUAUAAAAAAAAGUUCAAGGUUUAGAUAUAUAUGAACGCGCGAUAUAUAUAAGGGAUGAUAGUUACCGUAUAACUUAAGUUAGUCUAUGCGAAACAAAAAGAAGACGUAAUUCGGUUAAUCAGUAACCGAAACGUAAACGAAGAAAUAAGAAUUUAAGUGCAAUUCCUCUUUUUAUUGCAACGUCAUGUUAAAGCUGUAAAAUCUAUAAAAUAUUAAGAAAUUUUAUAUUAUAGAUGUUAAUUAAAAAGAAAUAUAUAUACGCGUACAUACUAUACAGUUAAACUGCGGUAUGUAUGCUGAUGGUAUACGUCAUUGGUAUGGCACAAUCAUUCGCAAAUAAUUACUUUAUGAUAAAAAACAUUUCACGUGUACUUUUCCUCACGAUUAAUUUAUUUUGCCCAAUUGUAUGUAGUAUCGUAUAAGCUAUACACAAGAUCAAAGAAUAUUCUAAUGAUAUCUUUACAGAGUAAUUUAUAAAACAUAAAGAAAAGAGUUACUAUAUAUUUAUACAAUUUUUCGAUUAUUAUGCAUUGUAAGCAUUUAUAUAUGAUAAAAUUUAUUCCACUGCUUUGAGAUAUUCUUCAGCUCGAAAGAUUCAUGAAUACGAUUAUUAUAACAUAGGAAUACAGGAAUCUAAAAUUUAACCUUUGAUUUAAAAAAUGAUUGGGUUUCUAUAUUAAUAUGUUUACUAAUUUUUCGAAAAAAUAUUUAAAUAUUGAUUUAAAUUAUCACAUGAUUGUGAUUAGGAAUUAUAAUAACUAUUAAACCAGUACAGACCGAGUAAUGAACAAAUUUUUUUAACUUCAGAAUCUUUAGACCAUUUCUUCGCGGAAUUAAUACGAUAAAAUAUAAGUAACGAAUUAAAAAUAAUAGAAUCAGUGCCAUAAACGUUCUGAUAGACUGCAAAAAUAAUUCAAGGGUGAAGAGAUAAAUUUUGGAGAAAUGGGACAUGAAGAGUAAAGAUGCAAAUAAUUUUCUUAAACUCUCACUUAUUUGAUAGAAAUGUGUUGCUAUUAAAUUAAACUGCACAACUACACUAGUAAGAGGUGUAUAUAGCUUACAAUUGCGUGGAGAUGAUAAAAAGGGAGUUGCUCAUAACUUACAUGUUCAUACCGUUAUGUAAAAUGAGAUCUUUAAUAUGAAAAUUCAUGUGAUAAUGUACAAAUCAUUUGCAAAGGUUUGAACACCGAAUAUAGCUUAAACUACAAAGGGCUUCUGCAUAUUGUAAUGUUUUUUGUUAACGUGAAAUGUUGUAUAUAGUCCGAUGUUAAAAGAGAACGAAAUAGUUAAUUCUCUGAAAGCUAAAUUCUUUUUUAAAUUGACACUUCACUGUGUACACUCUGUUAAUUUGUUGUUUUGUUCUAGAGCAUGAAGGAUGUUAUUUCUUUUUUUUAUACAAUAUAUAGAUGCCCUCACUCAACUUACAUCAUGUAUGUACAAUGCAUAAGUGAUAAAUAAUAUAAGUGAACUCAUCGAAGGGAUGUUUUUUUUGUACAAUAUGUAUCAUAUAAUCAUAAAGAUUUACAUGUUAUUAUUCAAGUGUUAUAACAACAUGAAGAAAUCCAAACUAA